AUUUCCCGCCAGCUGUUAUAUCAGGUUAGGUGCAGUUAGCGCCCACGUGGACUCUGGAGCGCAGCAGCGCCUGCCGGAGUCACCGUCUCGCCUUCAGUUGCCUGCCUGCCGCUCCGCGAGCUGUCGAGGACCUCGGCCGCGCCAAACAGAGUCCUGCAGGUGAUGUCCUCGCCGGGCUUCGCCAUCCGGACGCUGACAGAGGGGGACGGCCCGCAGCUGGUGUCCUUCCUGAGGCGCUUCUUCCUGAGGGACGAGCCGCUCAACGCCGCGGUUGGCAUCAUGGCCGACGGUCAGGACUCCUCUCCAGAGCAGGAGAGCUUCUGUCUGGAGGCGCUGCCUGAAGGACUGUCGCUGCAGGCAGUGGACACGGAGAGCGGGAGUUUGUUGGGAGUCAGCCUCAGUCGUCUGCACCAGCCGGGGGUCGAAGCGGAGGCCGUGAAGAGCGCCGAAGCGUGUCCGGAUCCUGCCUUCCGCAAGAUUCUCAGGCUCAUCGCGUUUGUCGACCUCCAGGUCUCGGAGAAGCUGCGCAGCCUGUUCCCCGAGGCGGACCUACGGCAGGUUGAGGUCCAGGUCGUAUCUGUGGAUGCAGCGACCAGGGGCCGAGGAGUCGCCAAGGCUCUCAUAGACCACACGAGGAAGCUGGCCAAGGACAGAGGAAUCCCGCUGGUGCGAAUCGACUGCUCCAGCGUCUUCUCCGCCAGGGCGGUGGAGAGGCUGGGCUUCGAGAAGGUUUUCUCCCUCAAGUACGACUCUUACAGACCGGACGGGAAGGUCGUCUUCACGCCGUCUGAACAAGCUGGGGACGAGUACCGCACAUACAUCCAGAGAGUCAUCUGACCAGGUUCUGUACGGUGCGAGUAAUCGCAGUGCCAGCAUGAUAGUAACAGAAAUGGAUGAGAAACUGACGAACUGCAAAUUGACCCAGAGACGUGCUGUCACGUUAUUUAUAGUGCCUGAAAAAAACGUAGUGAAAGAGACAUUUAGUGAAAGAGGCAUUUACUGUCAACAUUGUCUUGUGGCUGACAAUGUAUGGUUUAAAGUUUUAACAUGCUGUAACAUGUGUUCUGGGGUUCGAUUCCCGGCGGGGUCAGGGAUUUUCUCUGCCUCGUGAUGACUGGGUGUUGUGUGAUGUCCUUAGGUUAGUUAGGUUUAAAUAGUUCUAAGUUCUAGGGGACUGACGACCUUAGAAGUUAAGUCCCAUAGUGCUCAGAGCCAUUUGAACCAUUUUGUAACAUGUAUUUCCCUACAUUCGCUGAUUCUCUGUACGCAGGGAGAGGCACAACUUCAGUGACAAAAUAUCAUUAGCUGUUCAGACACAUCUGUUCAGUAUUUUUCUAUAAGGAACUCGUGUACUCCGGUGCCGUUAUAGAGUAACUGCAAACCGAUUGAUUUGUAUCUGUGUUGUAUAUUAAAUAUUUGCACAGCAGUGCAAAUUGUCGACCAGUUGCUCUGUGUGUCUUGCUCGGAACAAAACUUGUUCUGUUCUAUAUCUACAGCGACAUAUACACCAACAUCUAUACUCCGCUGCUGAUAAUGGUGUUAAGGAGACUGAACUUCUAAGGUCAUCAGCCUCCUAAUGGCCCCCUCUCACUUGUGGGAAGUUGCUCAACAGGGGGUUCAUCAACGCCCGAAAAUGACAGCUGAACCAACCACCCUGAAACGCACUAAAAUUGUAAAACUAAUACGCUUUUACUUCAUAGUUUGGAAACUUUGUGUGUACCAAAAUCUCUUGCUAGCAAUGUGAAACCAAGUACUUUUAACUUCCAAUUACAGUAUUUGAUCUAGAACCGUAGUUACCCAACCUUCCAAUACGAACAUGUUUAUGAAAAUUACUUUUAAGUGUGUGAUUGUAAUUAAUCUGAAACGAAUCCGACAGUCUGUAUAAGAAAUCAAAAAUAAAGAAUUGUUACCAAUAAUA